CGCCCUCGCGCCGGGGAGGAGUCCGGGAGCGGAGCUGGAGCUGGAGCAUCUCUCACACCCUCCUCGCCCUCCCCACCGACAUCAUGCUCCAGUUCCUGCUUGGAUUUACUUUGGGCAACGUGGUUGGAAUGUAUCUGGCUCAGAACUAUGAAAUGCCAAACCUGGCUAAAAAACUUGAAGAGAUUAAAAAGGACCUGGAAGCCAAGAAGAAGCCCCCUAGUUCCUGAUGCCGGCCUGGCACUGCAUUCUGGACCCACCUGUUCCGUCCUGGGGGGGGCCUGUCUCCUUCAGAGCCACAUCCAAAGCUGUGUUCCUCUUUGGUCUCAGACUCUGCGUGAUGCCUCAGAUCCAGCAGGGGCCAGAAGUCGAGUUAGCUUUAGGUGUCCAGCAUCUCCCCUUCUCGGUAUCUUCUGUCCAGCUGCUUCUGAGUCCUAAGACUGGAACCAUGGUGCUCGGUUAGCAACUACAACCCUAACAGUACUCACUCACCGUGCUCUGGGAGUCUUAGCACCUACUGUCAAGAAAUGAAUGGAUCUGGAUAGCUACUGGGGAUUUACUGACUAGCAGUGAUAACAGGAGCUUGCUAGACAAACUAAAUUGUGUUAAAAUCAUUAAAGUCAGUAUCUUCAA